UUAGUACAGUUGCGUCGAAUGUCGUGGUGGAUGGUCAGAGUGCCUUUAAUGUAUAAGGCAAAAUAACUCGGAAAAACAAGUUACCAUCAGUAUCUUAGUGCGGGGAUCGGGUGCUGUUCAAUUUUAGUGUUAAUAUGAAGAUUACAGUUUUAAUAAUUUUACUCGCAAAAGGAGUUAUCAGCGCCAAUGAAGGUAAAAGAAGUGUGGCUGAAGUGGAUGCACUAUUAAAGGCAGUGACAGAAGAAAGCUGGCGUGAUGAUGAGAAACCUUGCUUCAAUGCCGUGGUGGCGAUGUUGGACGGCGUGCAUAACUCAACCUUAUGGGCUACUUGGAUGUGGGAUUCGAACCAACGACCCGUGGGGACGCUGUACGGCUUGCGCUACCACUUGGGCAACUACGACCAGUGCCUCAGCCCCCCAUGGCUGAAGGAACACCCUGAACUCCGCCCGCAAUAUUGUCUCCUAGACUUCCAACUGUCUGAAGGCAAUUUGCUUGAAGGAAGAAGCUAUUUUGAACCUUAUGAACCGGCCACCACCUAUAUUAAUGUAAGUCAUUAUUAUUAA